AUGAACAGCACCAGACACAGACUGCUUUACCAGCUAAACAGCCGCUGGAUAUACGGGAAGAUCCCGCUGCUGCAUUCGAUAGUAUUCCUGCUCCAAAUGGCGGCCGUCAGCAUGCUCACGCGCAAGUACAACCAGUACUAUGCGGCGCGUCCAGUUCUCACCACGAUGAUCACCAACGCCGUGUUGGGUGGUAUCGCGGACACAGUAGCCCAGACGCUCACCGCCGUGCGGGAGCGCGCAGUACGCAAGAAGGGCGGCCCAGGCAAGGACGACUUCCUGGCGAUUGAAAUUCACGAGCUCGACAGACGGAACCCGUUCAACGAGAACGACCUUAUCCCCGACUCGAAGAUACUCCCCCCGCCUUUCGAUUUCGAGCGAACCACGAGAUUCAUGUCCUACGGUUUCCUCAUGUCGCCUAUCCAGCACAGGUGGUUCGGCUUCCUGUCCAGGACUUUCCCCGUUUCAAAGACUGCGACAUGGUUGCCAGCACUCAAGCGCGUGGCUUUCGAUCAGUUCCUGUUCGCCCCAGCUGGUCUGGCUGCCUUCUUCACCUUCAUGACCGUUGCCGAGGGUGGUGGUAAGCGUGCUGUGCAGCGCAAGUUCCAGGAUGUGUAUGUACCUGCGCUCAAGGCCAACUACAUGGUCUGGCCGGCCGUGCAGCUCAUCAACUUCCGAGUCAUGCCUAUCCAAUUCCAGAUUCCAUUCGUAUCUACCGUAGGUAUUGCUUGGACAGCUUACCUCUCUUUGACGAACUCGGCCGACGAAGCCUAA